GCUCUGCAGGCUUUUGUGCCAAAGUCAUAUUAACCCCUUGACUAGUUAAUAUGCACCGCACGACGUGGCCCACGUGCCAUGAAUAUUCAUAUUGAUGGCGGGUUUUUUUCCGGUGUCGUCUGGGCUGCUAUCCGCUCCCUCCUGUCCUUGCCGUUUAACGUAACCCUUUAACUGCUGCCGUUAUGAAAGCUUCCCGGAAGGCUCCGCCGUCGGGCUGCUUUCCACAAACUCUCAGAAAGUGCGCUGGCCUGCUCCUGGUGUACGUGUCGCUGCUCGCCGCUGAAACAAUGACAGAUAAGACCGUGCUGCCGAGCAGAGAGCGGGCUCUGAAGGGAAGGGAGGAGAGAAUGGUCGUAGCAGAUAAGCAUGCAGUUAAUGGGAAUCCCACUGUGGAGCCUUUUCCAGAAGGCAUGGAAACCAUCAUGUUUGGAAUGGGUUGUUUCUGGGGAGCUGAGAAACUGUUCUGGCGGCUUCCAGGAGUCUUCUCCACCCAGGUGGGCUUCGCCGGGGGCUUUACACCCAACCCGACCUACAAUGAAGUCUGCACAGGUCUGACAGGCCACACUGAGGUGGUGAGGGUGGUGUUCUCCCCUCAAGACAUCAGCCUUGGGGAGCUCCUCAGACAGUUUUGGGAGAACCACGAUCCUACACAAGGUAUGAAGCAGCACAACGAUCAAGGCACUCAGUAUCGUUCGGCCAUCUACACAUCCACUGCUGCUCAACGGGAGGCUGCAUUGAAGAGCAAAGAGGCCUUCCAGAAGGAGCUGGACAAGAAAGGCUACGGUCCCAUCACCACCGAGAUCCUGGAGGGACAGGAGUUUUUCUAUGCUGAGGAUUACCAUCAGCAGUACCUGAAGAAGGUGCCCAAAGGCUACUGUGGCCUGAAAGGCACCGGGGUUGGUUGUCCUAUUGAAGGCAGCAAAGAUGAGCUGUGAGAAGGUGAAUGAUGACAAACACAGGCAGACGAUUAAAACUAUGAAUCCAAAAAAGGGGAUAUUUCACAGCAACAAAAUCUAUUAACUGAAACAACAUCCUUAAAAAGUAUUUUCUUAAUGAUAAGUAAUAUGGAGCAGAAAUGCAAACUUUAUCAAUCAUAAAUAUUUUCACAUUUAAAACACUAAAUACAUAAAAUAGCUCUUUGUAAACAAGAAGGAAGUCUACAUAGUGACAUAAUUAACAUGUCAAUAGAAACCAGUGAUACAAAAGAAUGGAAAUAUACUUUCUUAUCCAAUAAGGGGGAAAUUGAAGUAGACCAGCAGCAAAGUAAAAGGAGAACAAAGACAGAAGAUCUGACAUCAAAUAAAAGGUUUUAUAGCGAGGGCACAUUUACAACAGAGGGAAAAGUCAACUCAGGUUACAGAAAUGUGCAUCUGAGGAUGAAUAUUAAACAAUAUUAAUAAUGUCUAACUUCAUUUAUACAGACAGAUAUUUACAAGAAAGGAAAAUAUGUGAGAUGGAUCAGAGAGUUAAUGUACGAAACAAAUAAUGACAACUAAUAUUAAUGCUUAUUUGCUCUUUAUUAACUCUUUCAUAAUCAACAUGGAAAACUAUAUGUUAAACUGUAAAAACCUAUAAUUUCUGUUAGGAGUGGGUGAUAUGAAAAGCAAUUAAGGUUAUGAUAUUUUUUGUUGUUGUCACUUUUUUUUUACAUUGAAGUCAAAAUCCCAAUUUUAUUGCAAUUCAAAAAACAGUAAAGGAAAAAAAAAGUCAAGGUGCAUUUAAGCCAAAGUAAUAAACCAAGGGAUCAAUAUUUUGCCAUUUGGGACCAAACAUAACUGACAUUUAGUUAACAUGCAGCAGAUCUCAGAAAGAAACACGCUCUGAUAAAACAUCAGCUUUCUGUGAUUGAAAAGAAUCUUUUCAUGAUGCAAACAUUUCUGCAGUUUUCCCACAUCUAAUUUGAUAUUUGACAUAACCAAACUGAACUCAAAACAAAGGAAGCCAUAAAAGAGUUGCUGUACCAUCAGUGUUUACAUCUUUAAGAUAAAACUUACAGCUUUGAUGUAACAGUUUAUUUAGGCUUUUAUCUGCAUCUCAUAUUUGGACAAUCACUCAGAUUGUGACAGCAUCUGUCCUUCUCGAGUCUCUUUAUUUUGACCCGCACAACUUUGUCUGACCCAGUUCUGAACUCCUUUAACUCUCCUUAGCUAUAUUAUUUUGCUGUUAUGCUGCUACCUUGGAUGUAUGCUUAGAUAAAUGAUGAUGCUGAGAGAUUAAAUGCGUCGUCGUCCUUAGCUUUCUGGCAGAAUCUAAAGUUUGCAUAUCUAAUUUAGAAUUUUUCAUAAUACCAAUUUGACUAAAACUUCAGUUUCAUAUAAACAAAAGCAACCCCGGAUCAUGAUGCUACCACCUCUAUGCUCUUUGUAGCUUUUGAAGCGGUGGUCCAGUUUGGUUUCUUCACACUAAACAUUACAUAUUUACAGGCCUAGAAGUUUUGUUUGGUGUAAAUUCUUGUUUCCUUCAGACUUGCUGAUUUGACGACUGGUGUGAACCUGAGUCUGAAUCCUAACACUCCAUCAAAUGGUGGUUCUGUCCAGCAUUACUUUAAGGGUGUUUACAAAGGAACUAAUGCAGUAUUUUUUUGUUUUCUGUUCUUCAUCCAUAGAUUCCCUUUUUUUAUUUAAAAUGGACAGGAUAUUUGUCACAUCAAAGUAGGAAAAGCUUUUAAUAAGAUUUAUCAUGGUCUAAUUUUUUUCUUAUUUACAAAUAGUGACAUUUUACCAGAGAUAUAAACACUGUAUUUAAGAGUACUUUCACCAGGAUAGUACA